AUGCUUGCCUCCGCGAGGACAGGCGCCUCGCUGGCGCUACGAGCACGCCCUACCAUGACCCAGCUCGUCCCCCAUCGCGCCGCGGCGGCCAUCUCGUCGUCGGCCCGCAAGGACGCCGGCGCUGUCCAGCCUCACGGUGGAUACGGGCUGUCGAAGCUCCACGAACGAAAGGAGGUUCCCCUUCCCAGCCAGGAGGGCACCAAGGGCUUUGUCCAAUACGCGCUCACCACCCUCGACAUCAUCACCAACUGGGGCCGGCAGUCGUCUCUCUGGCCCAUGACCUUUGGUCUGGCCUGCUGCGCCGUCGAGAUGAUGCACCUCUCCACCCCGCGCUACGACCAAGACAGGCUCGGUAUCAUUUUCCGCGCCUCGCCUCGCCAGUCGGACGUCAUGAUUGUGGCUGGUACGCUGACCAACAAGAUGGCACCGGCGUUGCGGCAGGUGUAUGAUCAGAUGCCUGAACCGCGCUGGGUUAUCUCGAUGGGGUCGUGCGCGAAUGGGGGCGGGUAUUAUCACUAUAGUUAUAGUGUUGUAAGAGGGUGUGAUAGGGUUGUGCCGGUGGAUGUGUAUGUGCCGGGGUGCCCGCCGACGAGCGAGGCAUUGAUGUAUGGGAUUUUUCAGCUGCAGAGGAAGAUGCGGAAUACCAAGAUUACGAGGAUGUGGUAUCGGAAGUGAGUUUCGGGUGGGGUUUAUGGGUUGGUGGGUUGGUGGGAAAAGUCUUGGGGGCUUUAUUAGAAGAGGAGGUUGAUGGGAGUUUUGGUUUCCAUCUCCCAUAAAAAGAGUGUCUUGUCCUUGUUUGCGUGUGUGUGGAGGUUGUACUGUACAUAUGGUUCUUUGAAAAGCCUUGACUCCCUCGUUUGUUUAGAAACAUGGAGGGAGCGGCUGUUUGCUAGCUCAAAAUCUUUAUCUCAGGACAAAAUUGUAAUCUGUU